AUCUUCUCCAUAUUUCCAAAAUACCCAAAACCCACCAAUUUUCAAAAACAAAAAUGGCUGUUUUUCCAAGGCUUCUUUUCAAGCUCAUAGAAUGGGUUUUAUACCAACUCUUAGCCAAUUCAUGUUACAAAGCAGCCAAAAAAGUAAAACAAUAUGGCUUUAGCUUUACUUCCCUUUUUAGUACAAACCCAUCUCUCAAAACGCCCCAUCCAUCUUCUUUUUACCCCCACAUUUCUAAAUGCAGUCUUAAUAACAGAGCAUCCCAAACUCUUGUUUGUGACUUAAAUGGUGCACUUUUAAAUUCCUCAAAAAACUACUCUUUUUUCCCUUAUUUCAUGCUUGUUUCCUUUGAAGGUGGCUCCAUUUUUCGAGCUUUAAUCUUGCUUCUUUCAUGGCCAAUCCUCUGUUUUCUGGAUUGGGAAUCCAAAUUCAAAGCUAUGAUUUUCAUUUCCUUUUGUGGGCUCCCAAUUAAAGAUAUGGCCAAUGUUAGUACAACCGUUCUCCCUAAGUUUUUUCUUGAGAAUCUCAAUCUUCAUGUUUUUGAAGCCUUUCAAGCUACUGGCUCUAAGAUUGUUUUCACAAGUGUCCCUAGAGUUAUGGUGGAGGGGUUUUUGAGAAAUUAUUUGAAUGUUAAUGAUGUUAUAGGGACUGAAUUGCAAACUUAUGGGCAUUACUACACUGGUUUUCUUUCUCGAGAUGGUUUGCUUGUGAAACACAAAGCUUUACUUGAGUAUUUUGGUGAACAGAGGCCUGAUAUUGGCAUUGGAUCUCCAAAUCUUCAUGAUCUUCUUUUCAUUUCUCUUUGCAAGGAAGGAUAUGUUGUGAACAAGGAUGAGAAGAAAAGCCAAGUAGUAGGAAGAGAAAGAUAUCCAAAGCCAUUGAUAUUUCAUGAUGGAAGACUAGCAUUUUUACCAACUCCAUUUGCAAGUCUUUGCACAUUCCUAUGGAUCCCUUUUGGGGUUUUGCUAGCAAUUUACAGAAUUUUGAUAGGCAUUUUUCUUCCUUAUAAAUUGGGUCUUUGUUUAGGCCAUUGGAGUGGCUUAACCAUAACUCUAAAAGGCUACACAAAUACAAUAACAUCAUCAACAUCCCAAAAAAAAGGGGUUUUAUUUGUUUGUAGCCACAGAACACUUUUAGACCCUGUAUUUUUAAGUGCUUUAAUUGGGAAGCCAUUAGUUGCAGUUACAUAUAGUUUAAGCAAAUUCUCAGAAGUCAUAGCUCCAAUCAGAACUGUAAGAUUGAGUAGAGACAGGGAAAAAGAUGGUGAAAAAAUGCAAAAAUUACUUGAAGAAGGAGAUUUGGUUGUAUGUCCUGAAGGAACGACAUGUCGGGAGCCGUAUUUGUUGAGAUUUAGUCCACUUUUUGCGGAAUUGACGGAUGAAAUUGUGCCUGUUGCAGUUAAUUCAUGGGUGAGUAUGUUUUAUGGGACGACAGCAAGUGGAUUUAAAUGGUUGGAUCCAAUUUUCUUUUUGAUGAAUCCGAGGGCAAAUUACCAUAUGGUUGUUCUUCCUAAGCUACCAAAGGAAAAAACAUGUGGGGGAGGAAAAUCAAGUUACGAGGUUGCUAAUUAUAUACAAAGACAAUUGGGUGAUGUUUUGGGAUUUGAAUGUACUAAGCUUACUAGAAAAGAUAAGUAUUUGAUGUUGGCUGGGAAUGAAGGAAUUGUCCAAGAUCAAAACUCAUAAAAAAUAAGAUAGAUUUUUCUUUUUCUUUCUUUUGGUACUAACAAAUCGAAAUAGGGGUUGUGUAGUUUGAUCUCUCUCCUGUAUUGGGGUUUGUUUUUGUGCUGUUUAAGUUCAUGAAUUUAUAUAAAUUUUGUGAUUCAUGUGAUAUUGUUGGGAUUUA